CCCUUUCCGCUGGGAAGUCUCGGGUGCAUCCUGCACCCGGCGUGCAGCUCGGGUGGACUCUCCUCAGGACCAGUUUGGGGAUCCUCCCGCCCGCGCUCUUUUUAGGCAUAGUAGGAGUUGCAGAUUGUUGAAUGCAUGAGCACUCUGUAAGCAAUGAAAUGGUGCCUCGCCGCAUCCUCGAACCCUAUAAUUAUUACAGUUGUCAUUUGUGGAAAGCCUGUUGGGUGUCAGCUGCUUGUGCACACUCGGUUGUUUCAUCUUCUCCCAAACCGAAGAGGGAAGUGGAUAAACUUAACUGAGAAUGUCUGAAAACUUUGACAAGUCCAGUUUAAAUGAAGCAGGAAAAUCAAAAUCAAGUGAUUCUGAACAAGGCCUUGAAGAUGCCGUGGAAGGUUCUGAUGACGCUUUACAGAAAAAAGUAAAAUCAGGUUCUCCCAGCACUCAGAGACCUCACUCUAGUCCUCCUCAAUUUGUGACUGUUGAAGAGCUUGUAGAGACUGUGAAGGGAGUCACUAACAUGGCGCUAGCCCAUGAAAUUGUGGUCAAUGGAGACUUUCGGAUUAAACCAGUUGAAUUACCGGAAGACAGCUUGGAGAAAAGAGUAAAGGAUAUUGUACAUAAAGCUUUUUGGGAUUGCUUGAGUGUCCAGCUAAGUGAAGAUCCCCCAACAUAUGACCAUGCCAUCAAACUUGUUGGAGAGAUCAAAGAGACUCUCUUAUCUUUCUUGCUGCCUGGUCACACUAGACUGAGAAACCAGAUAACAGAAGUCUUGGAUCUGGAUCUGAUAAAGCAGGAGGCUGAAAAUGGGGCCCUGGACAUUUCCAAGCUGGCAGAAUUCAUUACUGGCAUGAUGGGGACACUAUGUGCACCUGCUCGAGAUGAGGAAGUGAAGAAACUAAAGGACAUUAAGGAAAUAGUGCCCCUUUUUAGAGCAAUUUUUUCUGUGUUGGACCUGAUGAAAGUGGACAUGGCAAACUUCGCUGUCAGCAGCAUCCGGCCCCACCUCAUGCAGCAGUCAGUGGACUAUGAGAGGACAAAGUUCCAAGAACUUUUGGAGAAGCAGCCGAAUUCUCUGGACUUUGUCACCCAGUGGCUAGAAGAAGCUGCGGAUGAUCUUAUGAAUCAGAAAUAUAAAAAUUCCCUGCCAGCUGGGGAAGGGGCUGCUGGCUCUGGGGAUGCUCCCAGGACAAAUCCCGUCGCUGUCCAGAAUUAUGCAUACCUGAAACUUCUGAGAUGGGACCACCUGCGGAGACCUUUUCCAGAAACAGUUUUGAUGGAUCAGUCUCGCUUCCAAGAGCUCCAACUCCAGCUGGAGCACCUGACCACCCUGGGAGCUGUGUUGCUGGUUACAUUCAGCAUGGCAGGCCCAGGAAUUUCCAGCCAGGCUAGCUUUGCUGAGAAACUCAAGACAAUUGUGAAGAUUCUGCUCACAGAUAUGCAUCUGCCCUCCUUCCAUCUGAAGGAUGCCCUGACCACUGUUGGGGAGAAAGUCUGCCUGGAGGUGAGCAGCUGCCUUUCCCUGUGUGGGUUCACCCCCUUCACCCCAGACAAGGAGACCGCGCUCAAGGGCCAGAUCCAGGCUGUGGCCAGUCCUGAUGACCCCAUCCGCAGGAUCAUGGAUUCCCGCAUCCUGACCUUCUUAGAAACCUACCUUGCAUCAGGUCAUCAGAAGCCAUUGCCCACAGUACCUGGGGGAUUGGGCCCAGUUCAGAAAGAGCUGGAGGAAGUUGCUAUUAAAUUCGUUCGCCUGGUCAACUAUAACAAGAUGGUCUUCAGUCCCUACUAUGAUGCCAUCCUCAGGAAGAUUCUCGUCAGACCCUGACACGCGCUCCCUGUCGCAGUGUUAGUCGCUCAGCUCCGAAUCCCUUUUCUCAACUCUAAUGUUGCUUUGGAAAAUGGCUACUUAGUACAUUUCUAUUUAACAGCACUGAUUCCAAAGGAAAGAAUAUUGUGUAUCACUGUUGAAAAAUGCACUGAAUUCUAUUUUGAAGGUUUGUAUUUAUGAGUGCAAGUUUACACAUCAAAGCAUCUUGUUAUCUUGAGUUGAAUCGGCACCACUUGGCUGUUACACAGCUGACUGCAGCGGUCUCCACUCCCACGCCAGUGAUUGUAGCUGCCCUUUCCCUCCCUGGGGUCUAGGACCUCUGUCUUUGCCCUCUGGGUCAUUUUUCAUUCAAAUGCCCCACUGAUGGCCCCCAAGAGAGAGAGUAACCAAGCCUUGUCUGCCUUUAGACUCUUGCCCCGACUCCUCCUUCCUCCAGGCCUGAUGUGUUGGAAGGACUCUCUAUAAUCUAACUGCCCUUCUCUUCCUCCAGCCCCCACUAUUUAUUGCUUUCUUCCUGCCUGGCCUAGCCAGAGCCCCAAAUUCCUUUUGUUCUAGAGGAGAGUUAUUUAAUUUUAAAAAACUUAUUUAAAAAAAAAAAUUACUCCUGAGCCUGGGUGACAGCAGUUAUGACUUAUGGGAUCUAGAGAAAGAAAAUUCUCUGCCUUUUCAGCCUUGAAAGUUAAGGAACUUUUCUCUUUAAAAAAAUGUUAGAGUCACAUAAAAGAUGACAAAUGUUCCAAGAUUUUACUGAGAAAUUUCCGCUGAUGCAGUACAGAUGCACUGACUGCAUUAGAACUCCAAAAUUAAAUUUGGGUGUUUUCGGCCUGAUAGCUCAGGCUCACUUAUUUCCUAGUAAGGCAGUCUCAGGAAACCCUGGAUUUUUGAACGGUAUUUUUCAGUGACCAGGAUUCCUGACAUACCCUGUGACUAAGAGAGUAGUUUGGGUCUCACAGGUAGUCUCCUCUGUUAAAAAUUUUGUGUGUGCACAUUCACACACGUGUGCGAGACAGGACGUUAUAUGAGAAGCAUGUGAAGUUGUUGGUUGAUCUUCCAGUCACAACUCCAAGUCACAACAGCAAGGAAUCCUUUUAUUAAAGUGGAUGAGAGGUGGACUGGAGAAUGGGCCUGGAGGCAGCCAGAGGAACAUUUGCCCUGCAGACUGUCUGGUGAACCAGGCUGCAUAGGAGUGAAUGGCUAGAAUUAGGAGAGAUUUCUCCAAAUAUAUUCUGUAAACUGUGCUUUAAUGGUGGUUUUUACUUGCAGUCAGAAAUGUAUGCUUUGUCAUCAGAAGUCUUAUUAUUAAAGUUCAAACUCAAGGACAACUCUUCCCUGGUUUCAUUGA